CCCCGAUACCUCCACUCUCUGCUAUGAGGUCCACGGAGAAUCCGACAAGUUCUCAACCUCAUCAGCGAUAAUGCGUAUCGGUCAAUGCCCACUACGCCAGAUCUGGCAUCAACAACCCCAACAUUACUCUAAACGUCAUCGACGCCGUGGAUUAGAGCGUUUCUAACAAUGGGUCGUGUUAACAAUUGGAGUUGACUGGAAGGGUGCACGGCAAGCAUCAACGGCGUGGACCUGUCCGCAUGUAUCGUGAGAAUGGGAUCGUGGUCCGCAAGUACUCGAGUCGUGUGAGGAUCACGGUUCCCAACUGCGAGGACACAGACCUGGUGAUGUGGAUCUUCUGUACCGGUGGGAGGACAGAAGACCCGUACACCUGGAAGUACUUCUCGUUCAACUCCUCCGCUUUGUGGUCAUGCGUGGGAUCAACCUAAGGGAGGAAUCUCACGGUCUUCUUGGUCAGUUCUGGAAUG